UACACACACACACACACACACACACACCCACACACAGGAUCACGGGGCUAGGAAAUAGGAUCUAAAGGUUAUAACUUAGCGAAGUUUGAGAUUAUGUUUGUCUACAGUUAAAAUUAUGCUGAAAGAGUGAGAGGGAAAAGUAACUCAAAGUCAACUGCUGGCCCAGUUGUGAUGACCGAGUGAGGAAAGGAGAGGAAGACAAUGUCACAACAUUCUCCUCAGGGAGAGCUGCGAGUGGUGGUGGUGGGUGCAUAUUUGUCUUGUAAGGCCUCAGUAAUAAACACUCUACUCGGUCAGACAGGGCCAGAGGUCGGGAAAAGAACUGCUUCCUGUGUGAGGAGAGAGGGGAAGGUCAAUGACAGGAAGCUCAUCCUUAUUGACACCCCAGGCUGGUGGAGGGAUUAUCCGUUGACUGAGACAGCUGAGUUCAUUAAACAGGAGCUUGUGCUGAGUGUGACAAAGUGUCCACCAGGACCUCAUGCUUUUGUGCUGAUAGUUAGCAUUGAUGUCCCGUUCACCGAGAAGAACAGGAGGUCUGUAGAGGAGCAUGUAGGCCUCUUUGGCGAGAAAGUUUGGGAACACACCAUAAUGGUGUUCGCGAAAGGAGAGUAUCUGGAGGGUAAAACCAUAGAGCAGCAUAUAGCAAGUCAGGGAGAGGCUCUGAAGUGGGUGGUAGAGAAAUGUGGGAACAGGUGCCACAUGUUUAACAAUGACACAACAGAAGGUUGUAAUAAAGUAGGUAAGAUACUGGCUCAAAUUGAUAGAAUUGUGGCAAAGUAUGGCAACAUCAGUUUUAAGCUUGAUGAGGAAAUAUUGAGGGAAGUUGAGGAGAAAAGGAACACUGAUCGGGAGAGAGCAAAGAUGAGACAGCAGAAGAUAAUGGACCAAAGAGAAAUGCUACAUAAAUAUGGGGUUAUCCACUCACUACCAGAGCUAAGGUUUCUUCUUUUGGGGUGGAAAGCCUCUGGAAAAACAUCUGCAAAGAAUACCAUUCUGGGCGUGGACGCUGUAAAGAGUUUUAAACCUUUUCUGUCUGAGAGAACAUCUGGAGACGUUGCUGGAAGACAAGUCUCUGUGGUGGACACACCUGGCUGGUGGAAGUACUUACCUGCCAAAUGCAAUCCAGAAUGGGUGAAGACGGAGUUGCAGAGAGCGCUGGUCCUUGAUUCCAAAGCUCCCCAUGCCAUUCUUCUGGCAGUGCCGGUUGACACAACUUUCCGGGAAGAUCAGAGGAAAAUCACCGAAGACAACAUGAAGAUGUUUGGUGAUGAUAUCUGGAGGCACACCAUGGUGCUGUUCACAAGUGGGGAUGUGCUAGGAGACACAACCAUUGAGGAGCACAUUGAGAGUGAAGGAGAACCACUGCAGUGGCUUGUGGAGAAAUGUAGGAACAGAUACCAUGUCCAGAGUUGGUAUGACAAAGAAGAUAAAGUCAUGGGGCUGCUGAGGAAGACCGAAGAAAUGGUGGCCAGUAACAGUUUACUUAGUCCAGAGCCCAAAGCACAGAAAAUGGUGCUUGAAGAAACUACAGAGGAACAGGAAGAAGUGCAAAGACAGAUGGCAUGUUUGUUGGAUCAGAAAUGGCAGAGAAUGGAUAAGGAAAUGGAGGAGAAGAUAAAAAAUAUCAUCAGGAAGGAAACUACUUCAAGCAAGACUGCUGAUAUGGACUUUAGUAGCAGUCAUCCAUCUUCUGAAGGUACUUUGGAGGAAAUCAACUCAGGAAAGGGUACAAAUCCACUGAGAUCCUCUAAGGCUCAAUCCUACAUCAAGGAAUCUACAGCUAUAUCUACAGGAUUCACAGGAUGUGAAGGCCAGAAGCAGACUGGUGAGACACACGCUGCUCAGUUGGAGCAAAUGAAACAAAUGCUGGAGAUGGAGUGGAGCAGAUGGGAGACGGGAAUCACAGAGAGAUGGCAGCGUAUGUUAUCAGACUUAAGACAAUCGGCAGAUGUUUCAUCUGAAGCUGAUAUGCAUGACCUGGAUCACUCAUUUCGAAAGGUCGUCCAAUGGAUGCAUCAUGGGACAUCAGGAUUUGGGUCAGUUGCGGACUUAGAGAUAGAGGAAAUGGAUUGAAAAGCAACUGUAAACCAUGUAAAUGUGUAAUCUAUUUGUUAAAUAUAUUGUGCAAAGUAUAUGUAAGGAAUAACACAGACCACCUCAUCAUUACAGCUAAAUAAACGUACAUUAGUCGUAUAGCAAACAUAAAAUGUUUUUUUUUUUUUAAAUGAAUCUUUUGUACAUCUGCCUGAAUUAUUGAUUGAAUAUGGAUACUGUGUCAUUGUACUGAAAUCAGUUUGAUGAUGAAUUUAAAGUAAAUACUCUGUAUGAACUUUGAUAUGCCACUGAAGCUGUAAAUAAUUUAAUAAAUGACAGUACUUAAAUAUGUAUGACUAAAGGCUGUUCUACUGUAUGUCAUCAAUGAUGAACCAUAUUAUUACUCUUCUCAACACUUGUUUUGCAUCUUGAUAUUAAAAUCCACCCAUCCAAUGAUUUCAUAAGUAAUAUUGUGGUCUUGUUGUCUUUCCCAUAAAUCAUCAAAUAAUUUCUUAUUAGAGUUAAUAGCUUUGACAACCCAUAUCUUCUGAGCUUUUAGCUAAAUCUAAACAGAGUUCUGAAUGCCUUAAAUGUUGAUGUUACCUGGACAGAAAGACCAUUUUAAUAGCAAAACUCAUGUUAUCUUUUUCCAAACUAUCAAUGCUUAACACACAUAUAACUGUAUAGCAUUUGGCACUGUUUUUUGGUACUAUACAAAUAAAUUAACAUUGACAUUGA